AUGGCCCGAUUAUUCGGGAAUCAAGUCCCGGAGCAGACGAGGAAUAUUGAGAAGAUUCUGAAGGAUUGCUUCCCAAAUGAGACGUUUCAUCAGUCGAUCAGACGCCUUACCGUACCCGCCUUCGACAUCACCACAUCCCCAGGCCGUCUCUACACAUUCCGAAAUUACGCCUUCGACAAACCGUUCGGCAGCGCGUUGCCCGAAGAGCAGGAUGUCCUCUUUAGAGAUGCGGCGAGGGCUAGCAGCGCGGCACCCACCUACUUCGAGCCGUUCCACUACAACAACCGGAAGCUGGUCGACGGCUCUUUUGUCGCCAACUCUCCCCUAAACAUCUUGUGGAAGGAAUACGACAACUUCUUCAAGUACGACAACAAAAUCCGGCUGCACGGCCUCGUGUCGAUUGGGACUGGAGAGCCGGCGUUGAUGGAGAGGAAGAUCAAGGAGUUGACCACGCUGAAGAGGAGGGCUGUACAUAUUGCCACUGUUGGCACGCUGAUACUUGAGCAGUGCGUCGGCCAGGACCAAUGCUCGGUGGAGGCAGCUUCGGACCGUUGCGCGGCACAGGGUGUCCCCUUCGUGCGCCUCUCGCCGGUGGGCGUCAACGUGCGCAUCGAUCAGAUCGACGACGGCAAGCUGUGCGACAUGAUCUGGACGACGUUGCGGUGGCUGUACGACAACGUGCAAGAGGUGGACAAACUAGGCGACAUUCUCUUCAAACUCCACUCGGACCCUUCGCAGCGUGGCCGUCAGCGGCGUAGCAACACGAUUCUG